UGGUGUCGACAACAUGGCAGCGUCCAGCCGGGCCCAGGUGCUGCGGUUGUAUCGGGCUCUGCUGCGGGAGAGUCAGCGCUUCAGCGGCUACAACUACAGAAUGUAUGCCACCAGAAGGAUAAGAGAUGCCUUCAGAGAAAACAAGAAUAUAAAGGAUUCUGAAAAAAUAGAAGCACUAGUGAAUAAAGCCAAAGCAAACCUAGAGAUUAUUCAUCGGCAGGUUACCAUUGGCCAACUGUAUUCCGCAGAGAAACUGGUUAUUGAGAGUCCAGGAAAUACAUAGCUCUGAGAAGACUGAUCCUGAUGCAACACUGGACCAUCUUCAGUAUCCUACAGUGCCACAUACAGAUGCAUAAACUUUCUGCAUACGUCUGAGCUUUUCUGUUCAACAUGAGAAACGCCUGAGAGACUGUUUUUGGCAACCAAAGUACUAUUUUGUAAUAGUUCACAUGUUCUGAAAUAUAUUGCUGUGAUUUGUAAUAGCAUGUAAGAUAGUCUUGAAAUCUGUGUGCUUGCAUGUCUUCUGAUGGAAUAGUCCCUGCCCAAGUUUGACAAUAAAACUUCAUUAAACUACCUGUAACCUGAUAAAUUAUUCUGCUGGUGACCUUAUCGCUCACUGAGCAUGGGAUAUGUAUUAGAUUUUCAGUCACUCACCCAGUGACCCAGUUCAUAUUGAUCCUGUUUCAUUUAAAAAUAUAUAGCCCUCUUCCCCAGGGAGGUGGUGGAGUCACCAUCCCUGGAGGUGUUCAAGAGGGGAUUGGACGUGGCACUUGGUGCCAUGGUCUAGUCACGAGGUCUGUGGUGACAGGUUGGACUCGAUGAUC